AAUAAGUUCACCAAUUGUGUUUAUAAAUAAGUCUUUGAGCUUCAUUAGACAAUAUCCUGUGAUUUUACACAUGCUUGUUAUGACUGUGAUAUGAAUCUGACAUAGUACAUAACGAUUAGGAAUACACAUAGAGCAUUGGUUAUCUCAAUAAAGCUUUGUAAUAAACGAAAGAAUAUAUCGUUUUCUGAGGUGGAAUAAUGAAAGGAGGAUCAAUAAAGAUAGAAGCAUAUAUGUUUGUAUGACUAUCUUCAUUUAGUUUCUGAAGAUCCAAUAGAGACUUAAAAAGAAUAAAGAAAAUAAUGCAGACAAGGAGAGGAUUGAACCGGUUUUUGAUGGGGAUGAUUAUUGGUGUUGUCUUCCUUCGAAUGCCUACUGUUUUAGGAGGUGAGUCAUCUGAAUUUGAAUCAUUAAUUUUGUUUCUUAGAGCUGUUGAUCCUCAAAACAUGUUAAGUUUUUUAGGCCAGGAUGCAUCAAGCAAAAAUCCAUGCUUGGAUAAGUGGAAGGGUGUGAAAUGUAACAUAGUUAGUACCAGCAUUCUUGAAAUUAGCCUUGAAAACUUAAAUCUUAAUGGUGUACUUGAUGCAAAUUCAUUAUGCAAGCUUCCAAAUAUUCGAGUUCUUAGCUUAGCCGAAAACAGAAUUCAAGGAAACAUUCCAAACGCCAUAAUGUAUUGCAGAAAGUUGACCUAUUUAAAUCUAAGCAGUAAUCUCCUAAGUGGGAGGAUUCCAAGGGAUCUAGCCAAAAUGAAAUAUCUUAGGAAAUUGGACAUCUCCAAUAAUCAUUUUGAGGGUAUGAUCCCGAUUUUCCAAGUGGAAUCGAAGAAACCGAAUAGUAGAAUUAUGUACCUGGAAGAGUUUAAGGAUCAUACUAAUGUGUCCCCAGAGAGUUCCCAAAGUGACAAUUCUGAGGAAAAGAGUUGGCUCAAGAGAUCACAAAACUGGAUACCAUUAGUUAUUGGACUCUCUUUGUUCAUUUUUGUGACAUACUUGGCGGGGAAGAAGGCAUCAGAAUUGGCAAGAGACAAGGCAAUUCUGAAGUCUCUUCAUUACUCUCCAACUAUGACCCCUCAAGUUAGGACAACAGAGGAAGUGAAGCCAGAGAGAAUACUAUCUGAUCUUGUCUUUUUUGUUGAUGAGGAAGAGAGAUUCGAAAUGGAGGAAUUUCUUGAAGCCACAGCUGAUUUAAGAAGUCAGAGUCUUUUAAGUAGUUUGUACAAGGUAAUACUCAAGAACAAUGCGGUGUAUUCAGUGACAAGAUUGAAGAGAUUGCAAGUUUCCUUUGAGGAAUUUUGCAAAAUUAUGAAUCUGAUUGGAGAUGUGAAGCAUCCAAACAUUUUACCUCUUGUUGCUUAUAGUUUUACUCCUGAAGAUAAACUCCUAAUCUACAAGUAUCAAAACAAAGGCAGUCUGCUUAACCUGUUUGAAGAUUAUAUCGAAAGCAAGAGGGAUUUCCCAUUAAGACUUCGAUUGUCAAUAGCAGGAGGAAUUGCAAGGGGUUUGAGCUUCAUGUAUAGAAUUACUAAUGAGCAUGAAACAAUACUACAUCAUGGGAAUCUUAAACUUUCAAAUAUUCUGUUGGAUGACAAUGAUGAAGCAGUCAUAAGCGAAUUCGGGCACUCGAGAUUUCUAGACCCCAAGGGAGAUGGGAUAUGUUCCUCCAAAGGCUACACAGCACCAGAGAAAGGUGUAUCCGAAAAAGGAGAUGUGUAUAGCUUUGGAGUGAUACUCUUAGAGCUUCUCACAGGAAAACCUGUAGAGAGAACAGGUGUAGACCUUCCUAAAUUGGUGAAUGCCAUGAUAAGAGAGGAGUGGACUGGAGAGGUGUUUGAUAGGGAAAUAGCUAAGGCUGAAGCAGCUCACUGGGCUUUCAUUUUGCUGAAUAUUGCUCUUAAGUGUGUCUCUGAACUCCCCGAAAACCGGCCUACUAUGGAAGAGGUUUUGGAAAAGAUUGAAGAUGUUAUGAAUGAAGAGCAAGACCCUACCAUGUCACCAUUGUCUUCUUCUCGUGAAUGUCACCAAGAUACUUGUCUUCUACAUAGCAUCAUAGCUGAGACAUGGGAAACUCCUGGAUCAAAUUAUUGAACCUUAAUUAGUAAUUGCUUUCUGAAACAUCACUACCUACAUUAAUUAAUAAUUUUCAUACUUUUUCAUCAUGUAAUUCCCGGAUUGCAUAAGUAGUCUUUAGCAAAGUACUUUUGUCUGUUGAGUAUAGAUUAAUUAAUUCAUCAAUUUGGAGACUAGGGUAUGUAUUUGCUUAGUUCUCAUAUCUCUGUGCUUAUAGAUAUAUACAUGAGAUAUUUGCUUUCUUCACAAUAAUUAGGCCCACCAAAGAAUCUGUUGGUUGUUUCUUGCUAAUCACGACAGCUCUUCUGACCAAGUUUACGUUACUUGGAGAGCAUUUCCAUGAUGCAAGCAAGAUUACCAUGUGACAGAAUAUAUAUGAUAUAUAAACAUAUAGAAAAGAACU